AUCAUGAAUCUUGCCAAUAUCAUUGAGCAUUCUUCUGACCGGGCUGAAUUUUUGAAGCUUUGCAAAAGAGUUGAAUACACAAUUCGAGCUUGGUAUCUCUUGCAGUUUGAGGAUCUCAUGCAACUCUACUCCUUAUUUGAUCCUGUGCAUGGAGCUCAAAAGCUGGAACAGCAGAACUUGGGUUCAGCAGAAAUUGACGAUCUUGAACAAAAUUUCUUGACAUACUUAUUUGAGAUAAUGGAUAAAAGCAACUUUAAAAUAGCUACUGAUGAGGAGAUUGAUAUUGCACAUUCCGGGCAGUAUCUUCUAAAUCUACCCAUCACAGUAGAUGAAUCUAAGCUUGACAAAGAACUCUUGAAGAAGUACUUUGCAGCUCAUACUAUGGAAAAUCUUCCUGAAUUUGCUGAUAAGUAUGUAAUUUUUCGGAGAGGAAUCGGAAUUGAUAGGACAACUGAUUACUUUUUCUUGGAAAAAGUAGACACGAUGAUUGCACAUAUGUGGUAUUGGGUUUUGAAGAAAACAAGGUUAGAGGCCUUGUUUAGGAGAUCAAAGAGACGGCAGAGAAAAGUUCCAAAAGAAGAUGAUGAAAUCACUGAUGGAACAAAGGAUGAUGACUUAUAUGUUGAACGUAUCCGUAUUGAGAAUCUUGGAAUCAGUUUAUGCAAUCUCCUUAGCAAAAUUACGAUUCAAGAACCAACUUUUGAUAGGAUAAUUGUUGUGUACAGACUAGCCAGUACCAAAAUAAAACCAGAAAGGGGAAUUUUUGUGAAGCAUUUCAAGAAUAUUCCCAUGGCUGACAUGGAGAUUGUUCUGCCAGAGAAGAAGAGUCCAAGUCUUACUCCAAUGGAUUGGGUUAAAUUCCUUAUCUCUGCAGUCGUUGGACUGGUAGCAGUUGCAGGUUCUGUUGAAUUGCCAAAAGCUGAUUUUUGGGUCUUGUUUGCAGUUCUCUCCACAGUGAUUGGAUAUGUUGCAAAAACAUAUUUCACAUUCCAGCAAAACAUGGCUACAUACCAGAACCUGAUUACUCAGUCGAUGUAUGACAAACAAUUAGAUAGUGGAAGGGGUACUUUACUCCACUUGUGUGAUGACGUAAUUCAGCAAGAAGUAAAGGAGGUCAUAGUCGCAUUCUUCAUAUUGAUGGAGCAGGGGAAGGCGACCUUGCAGGAUCUUGACCUGCGAUGUGAGGAACUGAUACAGGAAGAAUUUCAUGUAAGCUGCAACUUUGAUGUUGAUGAUGCAGUGAAAAAGUUAGAGAAGUUGGGCAUUGUUACGCGGGAUACAAUUGGAAGAUACUACUUCGUAGGUCUGAAGCGGGCGAAUGAGAUUAUUGGGACUACGACGGAAGAGCUUGUCCUCAAGGCAAAGCAGGGAACUAUUGCUGCUGCUCCUUGAAAACGCAGAUCACAAGUCUUGCCUAUUCCAUAUAUCGAAUUGGUUUUGAAGAUGAUCCUGCUGCAAUCAGAUGACCUUUGUGGUUUGAAUAUAAUGUAGAAUAAAUGCAAUCAAGGGUUGUAUCCUAGUUCCAGUCUGCCAGAUGUGGCUUUCUUUGUCAC